AUGACACCAUCUCUGGCAAUUGCUUCUUCGACUUCAACCAUGUUAUUAUAUCCCAAACUAGGAACAUGCUCAAUGUCUCUAUCCAUUUGUACCCCGACUUCACAUUCAAAAAUUCAACAUUUUCAUCUCUAUUCACUGGGUAAAAGGGGUCAGUGUAAGGGUAAGGUUAUUUAUGCAUCUCUCUUUGGGGUUGAAGCACCUGAAGCUUUGGUAAUUGGGGUUGUGGCUUUGUUGGUUUUUGGUCCUAAAGGUGUUGCUGGGGUUGCUCAAAAUCUGGGAAAAACAUUGCGUGAACUUCAACCAACCAUUAGAGAAAUCCAGGAUGUUUCAAGGGAAUUUAAGAGUACACUAGAACGAGAGAUUGGUAUUGAUGACUUUUCAAACCCAUUACAAAGCACAUACUCUUCCAAUGUAUGCAACACCAUGUCGACUCCACCAGCCACUGAAAUUACCAAUAGUUCUCAGACUGUUGUUGACCCUAACGGGAAGCUAGAUAAAAGUAAAGCAUACAGUUCUGAGGAGUAUCUUAAGAUUACAGAGGAGCACCUAAACUAA